UGGUGCUGGCCGAUUUGUUCAUUUUAUAUAGUUCACUUUAUAAAUUCAGUAAGAAAGAAAAUGAUAUGUCGCUUGUGCCUGUGUGAGUGCGAUCGGGAUGCCUUUUUGCCCAUCUUUAAUGAAGAUAGCAAGGCCCAUGGACUGUCCAAAUUAAUAGCAAAAUACUUUCAAAUCGAGGUGACAAGAACCGACCCGGUGUCAAUAAACGUAUGCAUAUUAUGCUGGCGCCAUCUAAGCGACUUCGAACAUUUCUGCGCGAUGGUGGCCGACAAACAGCAAGCCUUGCAGCUGAAGACAGAGCCACCAGAGCCCGGCUUAAUAGUUUGGAACACAGAGUGCGCAAUGGAGUCGAAUCAUGUAGUUGGGGAUGUUAAAGAUCACAUCCUUUGCGAGCCUGAAAUUGAUGCGGCACUGCACAAUUUUAGCAGCGAUAAGGAUGAUAGGCACGAUUACAGCAAUAGCAGCGACCCCAAUAACGAAUGUGACAGAUUUGAGCAGACUGAUACAGAGGAUACUGCAACAGCUGCACAACAAAUAACUCCAUCAGACAGCUCAAAGAAUUCAAAAGGAAGAGGAAGACCACGUCUCAAAAGACUUCAAAAGAUAACAGCCAUGAAGUAUGAAAAGCACAAACAGACCAAGGUAGUACCAGUGCCACUCAGUACAUUGCGUGAAUCAAGGGCACGUGCUCGUGAACUGAAACGCAACACCGAUGCAUCAUCAGCAGCAAUAGACCAGAGCACUUGCAGACCGGCCCCAAUUGUGGCUGAAGCUACCGACAAGUUGAGCACUUCGCCUAAACUUUCUUCUGUAGGAAAAAAGGCAAAGCGCGGACGCCCCAAGGGGCCAUCUAAAGUGCAACCAGCCAACUUGGAAGCUAAGCGCAGCACUAUAAGGGAAAUGGAUGAUUAUAUAUCGGCCAAUGUUAGGUUAGAUUGUUGCUUGUGUGCUGCACCGCUACAGGACUUCACCGAUCUUAAGCGUCACUUCCGGAUAGAGCAUAACUGCACCGGGUAUAUGCAGUGCUGUAAUAAUCGCUACAAGAAGCGUACUCUAUAUGUGGACCACCUCCACUACCACAAGGAUCCCGAAUACUUCAGCUGCAAACCAUGCCACAAGAACUUCCUUAAUCGCAACAGUCAAGACAUGCACAUGCUACGCUUUCACUCUGAACAGCAGGAGCUUGUGCAUCAGUGUGAAGUUUGUGAAGCACGUUUUGCUAAGAAAUUCUUGCUGACCAUGCAUUUAAAGGGUCACAAAGGAACUGAGCGCCCAGAAGCUUGCGAAACCUGUGCAAAGACUUUCCGCACCAAGAUUGAGCUAGCCGCACACGAGAAGCGCAUGCAUGACGCAGACUUCACACCCGUCAUUUGCGACAUAUGCGGGGUAAACUUUCGUUCCAAGGCUAAUUUUCUCAUUCAUAAGAAGUCGCUGCAUCCAGACGGACCUGUGCCAGAGGUUCAGUGCCAUCUAUGUGGCCGAUGGCUUCGUGAUGAGCGCAGUCUGCGAAAGCACCUCGUACGCCAUGAUGACCGCGAAGGUAACAAUAAAUACAAUUGCAAGCUGUGUGGCGCUGAAAAGUCAUCUCGGGUCGCUUUAAGUAGUCACAUGCGCUACCACCAUUCGAGCAAGCGACAUAAGUGCACGCUCUGCAGCAAGGAAUUUAAAUUGCCCCGUGCUCUCGCGGAACACAUGGCUACGCAUACAGGCGUGGACCUCUACUCUUGCCCGUUUUGUACUCGCACUUUUAAGUCGCACGCUAAUAUGCACAACCAUAAGAAAAAAAUGCAUCCCAACGAGUGGGUGCGAAAGUACACGCAGCCAAGUGCCCUUGGUGUAACGACUUCUACUUCGUUGCCACCUCCUUUGCAGGGCAUUGUCAGUGGCGUUGACGACGAUUUAAGUGCGAUAGACGAGUCCCAACAAACAAGCACCUCUUCACAUGCUGCUGUCGCAGUCUAUGACAUCAUCAAUCUUAGUGCUAGCUAAAUAAUGACUUGGUUUACACCAAGAAGGCGAACUCGUGAGGAUUCCCACACAUUGUUAUUGAUAUGUUGAUACUAUGUACAUAUAUGUAUGUGAAUUUGACCUAAUAAGCGUGUUGCACAUACAAUCAGUUGUUUAAGCAUAAA